AAAAAAAACAAUAAUACAGAAAGGUGGAAAUUUCAUCUUCUCCGAAACUACAAGCACAAGCCCCUGUGUAAGCUCUGAAAUAAAAGGAGAGUGAAAAAGCUCAGAAGAAGAAUAAUGGCGACAAGAUACUGGGUCGUGUCUCUACCGGUUCAGAAUUCUGCUUCCACUCUGUGGAAUCGUCUACAGGAACAAAUCUCCAAGCAUUCCUUUGAUACUCCUCUCUACAGGUUCAAUAUUCCUAAUCUCCGUGUUGGAACCCUGGAUUCUCUGCUCUCCCUUAGCGACGAUCUUUUGAAGUCAAAUAGCUUUAUAGAAGGAGUAUCUCACAAGAUCAGGAGACAGAUCGAGGAAUUGGAGAGGGCGUCUGGUGUCGAGAGCAGUGCUUUGACUGUUGAUGGUGUACCUGUCGAUUCUUAUCUCACUAGGUUUGUUUGGGAUGAAGCUAAGUAUCCAACAAUGUCACCUCUAAAGGAGAUAGUGGACAGCAUUCAUACCCAAGUGGCAAAGAUUGAAGAUGAUCUCAAGGUUCGUGUUGCUGAAUAUAACAAUGUGCGCAGUCAACUCAAUGCCAUUAAUCGAAAGCAAAGUGGAAGCUUAGCAGUUCGUGAUCUUUCCAAUUUGGUGAAACCAGAGGAUAUUAUUACCACUGAACAUCUUGUCACCCUGCUUGCAAUUGUCCCCAAGUAUUCACAGAAGGACUGGUUGGCAAGCUAUGAAAGAUUGACUAGCUAUGUGGUUCCCAGGUCCUCGAAGAUGUUACAUGAGGAUAAUGAAUAUGCUCUUUACACGGUAACACUAUUUCACCGUGUUGCAGACAACUUUAGAACGAGUGCACGUGAAAAAGGGUUCCAAAUUCGUGAUUUUGAAUAUAGUCCAGAAGCACAAGAGAGUAGAAAGCAGGAGUUGGAAAGAUUAGUGCGAGACCAAGAGAGCUUUAGAAGUUCUCUUUUGCAAUGGAGCUAUACCAGUUAUGGAGAGGUCUUCAGCUCCUGGAUGCACUUCUGUGCCGUGCGUGUUUUUUCAGAGAGCAUUCUAAGAUAUGGAUUGCCACCCUCUUUCUUGGCUUGUGUUUUAGCUCCUUCUGUGAAAGGUGAGAAGAAAGUGCGUUCAAUCCUUGAAGGAUUGUGUGACAGUGCAAACAGCACAUACUGGAAAUCGGAAGAUGAAGUGGGAGGAGGAAUGGCAGCUUUGGGAGGUGAUGCCGAUAGUCAUCCUUACGUGUCGUUCACAAUUAAUCUCAUCUGAACCAGACGGUCCUAAACGUGCAAAAUUCCAAGUCCUAGGAAUCGUUUAGAGAGCAAUAAAUGGACAGAAAUGAUGAUACUGUAUAUUAGUAUUUGAUAGAUCAAUUCUUUGUUUUGCAUACAAUUGGAGUAUCUGAAUUUAUGUGGGUCUCGCUGGUUUAUGAGCGAGAGGGGAAUUAUUUGCAGGGAAGAUCAAGUUAUUAUCAAUAUUUAUUUUGUAUUCUAACACUUGAGGAGGUUUCUUCUAUCUCCUUCAAAGCAAGUUUAUGGUACUUAAUUUAA